AUGAACACUGACUCUGCCUGUUCGUCAAGGCGGCUCCGAGCGUGCUGUGCGGGGAAUGGGGCGAACGGUGUAGGCCCACACCGUGAUCGUGGGGAAACUACGAGGGUCGGCGAUGACGCCCUGCGUCUGUUUCUAGAGCGCUCACGCCAGCGGGCGGCGCAGCUGGAAUUCCGAUAUCUGCACCAGCUGCAAGGGUGCUCAACGCUCCCAGGCGCAUCGACGCCACGGCCACAGCCAAAGGAGGAGGAUGAAAAGGGUCCAGCCGCAGCGAGGGGCACGCGAGGCACAAGCCGCGGCAGCCCGCGUGUCGAUUAUCUUAGCCUUAUGGCGGCCGACGAUGCGGAUGUCAUUGAAAUUCAACUGGAGGAUAGUGACGACGAUGAUAAUGUGGAAUGCAUGAAUGGGGUGGAUACAGAAGAAAGGUUGAUGUCAUGCAGAUUUGCGUCUACCUCUUCUACUGCAGCUACAACAUGUUUUACUUCCACGGCGGGGAAGAAGACACCACCGCAUUUCGUGCCGGCUUCAUUUACGCCGCAGAGUGAGUCCAACUCUCAGGGCUUGUCACCGGAGGUGUACACGCCGUUUGCGUCAGCACCAGAAGAAGUCCUUGACCGUCAUGCUGUCUCGGCCAUCAAGGAAAGCAUUACAAUGAAGUAUGACAAUGUGGCGACCCCUAAUGUCGAAGGGGAAGCCGUAGAUGCUUUUAUGGGUAACUCAGCCAAAAAUAUUUGUGCUGGAGAAGUUGCAGCACAACCAGAGACCGUCUUGCCUACCUUUGGCGAAUGUGACGAUCAGCAGCAAGUGAUGCGGUGUCUAAUGCACGCCUUUGCAAAUCAUCUUGACUCUGAAGCCUCACAAGUAGUGCACGAUCAUUCACAAUCUCCAACCGCAAAAGAGCUAUUGGAUCCAGAGUUAGAAGAAUACAUUGCGUGGGAGGCGGCAAAACCAUUGAAACGUCGCGAAAGCCUCCAAGCUGGUUUGAAUUGUGUCUCCUACCUGGCCAAGAUAUACGCAGCGGCUCAGCCAGAGUUGUGUAGUUCGGCGCUGUUUGACGCGCCUGGUAAAAAACUGGCUGAACCGCUGAUGCCCGAGUGCCCACCCUCACGCUACAUUCAAUGGAUAGCCAGUGAGGUAGACUGCUACGAGGAUCUUCUUUUGCAUUUGACGCCGGCCAGUAGAGAGGCGGAGCGGAGAGUGGUGGAAGGCGUAUGUGAGACGGUACUGAAUGAUUAUAUUACGAGGUGCGUGGUGGACUGUAUUCUUCACAGCUGCAAUGCGGCCGCAUCGUUUUGGUCGCAAGACAAAGAGAAGCAGCCAAAUCAAGCGCAUGGGGGAAAUGCCAAGAGUGGAGAGGGAGGAGGAGGCGUGCAUGAAAGAGGAGGUGGCUCACCUCAUAGCAAGUCAUCGCGCGUAACAUAUUUAUAG